UCAAAACCAUGCUUCUAACACUACAAUUUCCUCAAUCCCGUUCGAUCUAGGGUUUCAUAUUUUGCCCUCUUCACCCAAUUCGAGCUCCGGCACCAAAGAUCCUUCCUUUUCAUUUUCUCCGAUCAUCACCAUCCUUAAUCCUUCUUUUUUCAUUACACGCAGAUAGUUAUUGAGCUUAUUUCUCAUGUCUAUAUCUCUGUAGGUUGAUGAUUGCUUGAAGUUAAGAUUAUAUAUCCGAAAAUGGCAGCGGCUGUGGGAUCUCAGCAACCAGUUUUUACACAAAUUGUUGGGGAAGUAUUUGUAGAGAAAUACUAUACCAUUCUGCAUAGCUCGCCGGAGUUGGCUCAUAAAUUCUAUCAAGACAAGAGUACCAUCCAACGUUUCGAGGAAGAUGGCUCCAUGAGUGUCACCACUACCUGUCAAGCCAUCAAAGAGAAGAUUGUCUCGCUCAACUAUGGGGACUUAAGAACUGAGAUCAAGUCGGUGAAUUCAGUGGAGUCUUUUCCAGGUGAAGUUAAUGUUUUGGUCACUGGCCAUCUCGUGCGGCAUGACCAUGUAGUUAAAAGUUUCUCCCAACACUUUGUUCUUGCUCCACAAGAUAAUGGCUACUUUGUUUUAAGCGACCUGUUACGAUGUGUGGAUAUUGUCAACGGGAACCCAACUUUAGGAAGUGAAGUGGUGGUGUGUCCGACCACAACACCAGCCAUUGCAGAUGAAGUUUACAGUGCGUCAGAGGAUGGCAACAGUUUGUUCUUUGGUGGAGAAGAAGUUCCAGAUUCCGAUUCCGUUGAUGAGUUAAGGGAUGAUAAAGAGGUGGUGGUUAAAUCCAGUGCCAAACACGAUCAAAUUUCGAAGAAGUCAUAUGCGUCUGUUGUACGUAGUGAUGUCCAUCUUUAAAAUGAGUAUCUCUUAGAUUUAUUUAUCUUUGAUUAUGUGUAUAACAUUUUUGUAGUCCAUUCCUUGCUAAAUAAAUUAAGGUAGGUGUGACAGUUUCUGAUUCCCUGUUUGUCUACUGGUUCCUGAAUCAACACUUCCUUUAAAUAUAAAUGACAGGCAAAGAAUAAUUGGUGGAUUUGAAAUCUCACCCGGGACUUUUAAUAAAGACUAUCUCAUUUUUUUUUUUGUCG